CGAUCGAGUCUUGAGCGCGUCGUACGGUCGUCGGCGGGUCCUCGCGCACCCCGCUCGUACCUGCUGCUGGGCGGCCUGCUGCUGCUGGUUCGCGUGUACGGCGUGUCGUCGCCGUCGGAUUCCUCGACGCGUUGACGUCGCGCGCGCGCGACACGAGGGUGAUCGUCGGCUUGCGUCUGACUUGCCCACUCCCAGCCAGCUCUCGUGUGCACAAGUACGUCCUCGCGAGUGUUACAAGCGACGCGACCAGCGCGAUGUCGGCGAUCUUCGACAUCGAGCUGCAGGACGCAGGGCUGCCGCGCAGGGACGAGUCGGAGGACGACGACGUCCUCGAGAUCGACGCGGAGGAAUGCGUCAUGCUGAACGAGACCGAGAUCGUAAACUCGUCGGACGUGGUGGAGACGGUGGCGUUAUCGGAGCACAAUGUCAAUCGCACGUGCGAGAAGGUCGGGCCGCAGGACUUCGAGUUGUGUAAGGUUAUCGGGAAGGGCGGCUACGGCAAGGUGUUCCAGGUCCGCAAAAUAACGGGAAACGACACCGGCACACUCUUCGCUAUGAAGGUAUUGCGCAAGGCUCUGAUUGUAAGAAAUCAGAAGGAUACCGCUCACACCAGAGCUGAAAGGAAUAUUUUGGAAUCCAUAAAGCAUCCUUUCAUCGUAGAUCUCAAGUACGCUUUCCAAACUGAUCAUAAGUUAUAUCUGAUAUUGGAAUAUAUGUGCGGCGGUGAGUUGUUUCAUCACUUAAAUGACGAAGGAAUUUUUUUGGAAGAGACUGCACGUUUUUACUUAUGCGAAAUUACAUUGGCUCUGCAACAUCUUCACUUGCAAGGAAUUAUAUACAGAGACUUGAAACCAGAAAACAUUCUAUUGGACGUAGAUGGACACAUUAAGUUGACUGAUUUUGGAUUGUGUAAAGAGCACAUACAGGAGGGUGCUCUUACGCAUACAUUUUGCGGGACUAUCGAAUACAUGGCACCUGAGAUUUUGACGAGAAGUGGACAUGGUAAAGCAGUAGAUUGGUGGAGUUUGGGAAGUUUGACAUACGACAUGCUUACAGGAUCUCCACCAUUUAGCUCAAACAGUAGGAAGAAAACUAUUGAGAAGAUUCUACGUGGCAAACUAUUUUUCCCAACAUAUUUAACGGCCGACGCUAAAGAUCUUAUUCGGAAAUUAUUGAAGAGACAAGUUGGGCAAAGAUUGGGAUCUGCUCAGUCCGAUGGUGACGAAGUGAAGGUACACAAAUUCUUCAGACAUAUCAAUUGGAACGACGUUAUAUCUCGACAGUUAAAACCUCCCUUUAGACCAAAAUUGUCCAGCGAAGAGGAUGUAUCGCAGUUUGAUAAGAAAUUUACUACUUCAGCACCAAUAGAUUCCCCAGUAGACUACACUUUAAGCGAAUCAGCUGACGGACUGUUCCAGGGAUUUACAUAUGUAGCACCGAGCAUAAUGGAGGAUGUGUUCCUUCAACAACCGUAUCUAGGUACCAUGUCGCCACCGCAAGUAACAAAAGCCAGAAGUCCCCGCAAGGCAACGCGUGGUUUCUCACCUCGGACGACGCAUCUUCAUUUCCACAAUACCCAUUUACCAAAUCACACGUAUAACGUAGUUGGCCAUAGCAACGUGGAGGAUGCAGAAAUGAUUGAACUAGGCUAACCAUUACUGUUAGAUUAGUAGAUAGCAUUUUUGUCUAACUGCUGGAUAUUCAUGAUCCUCAGGGAAGGGUUUUAUAAUUUAGAGGGGGUUAGUUAGGGACAAAGAAAUGGAUGCGGUAUCCAUUAUCACAUUGGAUGUCCAGCAGUUACAUAUAUUUAGCAAAUCUUUUUUUAUAUUCAUAUAUCUCGCGUAUGAAAAUAUCAAUUGAUAGAUUAUGAUUUAACAGCGACGCAGCAGGUAUUUGGUAGCGCUUACAGUAGUUACACUUUGAAUGUGAAUAGAUUAAAUGAUAAUCCACAAGAAAGUACAUUGUUUCUCAAUCCAGUUUACUACAGUUUACUUCAAUUAGCUACAGAUUUGUUAAAAAAUAUAUUUUUUACAUUUUGAAUUUUAUUCACGCAUGAAUUUUUAUAAAUAUCCGUAAUAUAUUAACUGCAGCAAUCGUGUAUUAUUUGUAUACAAUAUAUAACAAGAUCGUAAUUUGUACUAUGGUGUAACUAAAGGGUAAGCUUUUAAAAUUUUGGGAAUGCUUGAAUCUUGAAGAAACUGUAUAUUAAUAGAAGCUAAAAACAUGUUCUCUCUUGAUAAUAUUUUUACAUCUAAAGAUUUAUACA